UCUAAUUGUCUUCAAAAUGGCUGCCAUUUGUGGAAAUUUUUAAUGGAGUGUUCACAGUGUUUUCCAAUUUUCCCAGAAAGAGUGCUUAAAAACAUUUUUUGACCAAAUCAAUUGAAGUGAAAAGGGUGAUAGGACACACAUAAAGUGGAAAAUGAUGAAAAAUAUGGACUGAAAUGGUGAAAAAGUGAGAAAUUUGCAGUUGCAAUUGUGAGUGGUUGGGAGAGACUGACAUUCAAUGUCAGUGAAUUUGUGAGUGGUGGAAAAAAAAGGAACAAUUUUUAAUUCUUUUUUGGGGGAAUAAUGAAAAGGAGCAAGAAGGGCGACAUGUCCAAGAGUAAAUAUCACGAAAGUGGGUUUUUUGAAGAGAACAAUUUUGUCGAUUAUACAAAAUCGGGUGUAGCUAUGAGGCCAAAGAAAACUGCCCAUGGAGUAGCGUCCAAGUUCAGUGAUGCUCGGAAGGAGAUGCAACGGAGUCAGGGCAGUCAGUCUCCGCCAGUUCAGCAGCAACUGAAGCAUUUCCAUGAGAAUGCCAGCAAAGGUCGAAGGGGCAAGAAAAUGGUGACACAGCCCGUGCAUACGCCAUUGGUUGGCAUCUUGAAGAAAUCCUCACCACAGAUGCCCCGGAAUUUGACAAGUUACUUGAAGAAUGCCCAAGAUGGGGACACAGAUAUCACCUCGUCAUCCUCCAGGCAUGCCUACCGUGAACCCCAUAGGCUGUCCAAUACCUUUUCCGACAGUGAAAAUGGUGUCGAUGGGGAUUUUGUGGUGAUUGAGACAGAUGACGAGGAUGGCGAUCAGGGUAGUCCACCAGUUGAUCCAGAAGCUGCCAGGAGACCCAAACCCUUGCCCCUCAAUGAUCACCGAAGUGAUUCUGUUGUGUGCGUGGGAAGCUACAGCAAGAGUGACUUUGACCUGGAACAGACAUCAAGAAUCAGGAACAAUGUGGUACUUCAGCCAGAAGACAAGGUUGACAUAACACAUUUUGAUACACUCAAAGUGUUGGGGACUGGAGCUUAUGGAAAAGUUUAUUUAGUGAGAAAGAAUGGAGGAGUUGAUCACAAUAAGCUUUAUGCAAUGAAGGUGUUGAAAAAGUCAAAUCUUAUUCAGAAGAAGAAAACUGCCGAGCAUACAAGAACUGAACGACAGGUCCUUGAAGCUAUCAAAGACAGCCCUUUCCUCAUUGACUUUCACUAUGCUUUCCAGACAGAAUCACGACUGUAUUUAAUUAUUGAUUAUGUCAGCGGGGGUGAAUUAUUUACACACCUGUACACACGAGAGAAUUUUACUGAAAAUGAAGUACGGAUCUACAUUGCUGAGAUUGUCGUGGCCCUGGAACAGCUUCACAAGCUAGGGAUCAUCUAUCGUGACAUAAAGCUGGAAAAUAUUCUUCUGGAUGCCGAUGGGCACAUUGUAAUCACGGACUUUGGGCUGUCGAAGGAGUUGACGGCGGAGAAGAAUGGUCGUGCUUAUAGUUUUUGCGGCACAAUUGAGUACAUGGCACCGGAAGUGGUGAAGCAGCAGGGCAAUAUGGGGCAUGAUUUUGCUGCUGAUUGGUGGUCAGUCGGUGUUUUGGCGUAUGAAUUGCUUACGGGUUCAUCGCCAUUCACGCAUGAGGGUGAGAAGAAUACGCAACAUGAUAUUUCAUUGCGUAUUCAAAAGGGUCCACCACCACUUCCUGACAAAUUGAGCGUGGAAGUGAGGGAUUUUAUAUCGAAGUUGUUGAUAAAGGAUCCGAAGAAACGAUUGGGUGGAAGUAAGGUGGAUGCAACGGAUAUUAAGAGUCAUCCGUUUUUCCGACGAAUUGACUGGGAGAAGUUGGUGAGGAAGGAGAUACCGGCACCAUUUAGACCGCCGAAAGACUAUGAGACAGAUACGAGCAAUUUCAGUGAAGAAUUUACGAGGUUACCAAUUGCUGAGUCUCCAUGUCCGGCACCGCCGAAUCAUGAAAGAUUGUUCAGGGGUUAUUCAUUUGUGUCACCACAUUUGUUGAGGUUGAGGGAGGCCUUUAGUGGGCAAGUGUUGUACAGUCCGUCAAGUGUGAAGCCCAAAGUGAGGGAUUUGAUGAAGUUGGCUAGGAGUGAGUUGCCUUUUUUCCAGAAAUACCAAAUGGAUUUUAGUGAGGUGAUUGGUGAUGGAUCAUUUAGUAUCUGUCUCAAGUGUAUAAGGCGUACAACGCGUGAUGUGUAUGCGGUGAAGGUGUUGAAGGCAUCACAUGAUGCACAGAGUGAAAUUGACAAUUUAAUUGCAUGUCAGGGUCAUCCGCAAAUUGUGAGAUUUGUUGAAGUUAUACGAGAUCAGGCUUUUACCUAUAUUGUCCUUGAGUAUCUCGAUGGUGGUGAAUUAUUUAAGAGAAUACAGCAAUCCAGGCGAUUUACUGAGAUUGAAGCAUCGGGUAUAUUUACACAAAUUGUCAAAGCUGUGCAAUUUAUGCAUUCAAAAAAUAUUGCCCAUCGAGAUCUCAAGCCGGAAAAUGUGAUUUUUGCCAGCAAAAAGUCAAAUUUGGUUAAAGUGGUGGAUUUUGGAUUUGCUGUUAGGCAAGAUCCGGCACACACAAGUGUACCAUCGUCGGCUUUUACAUUGGAAUAUGCAGCUCCUGAGGUGCUGAGUAAAACUGCCAUUGGGGAUAAGGCACACAUGGAAGCAUGUGAUUUGUGGUCACUUGGUGUGAUCCUGUAUACAAUGCUAUGUGGUCAGAGUCCAUUCCGGUCACCAAGUGAUUCGGAGGAGAGUAUUUGUGGAUUGGUGGAGAAGAUAAGGCAUGGGGAUUUUGAUACAAAGACUCCUGCGUGGAGAUGUGUCAGUCCAGGUGCGAGAGAUUUGGUGACGCGUCUGCUGAAUGUUGAUUCAGAGAGGCGAAUGGAGAUGAAUGAAUUGGUUAAUCAUUCAUGGCUCCAGGGGACAACCCUACGUAAAUCUCAAUUGACACCACUGACUCUGGCUCAGGAUCUAGCAUCGCUAGAUUUAACAGUUAAGGCGAUAUUUGAUGCCUACAAACAUGCGCAGAGCAAGGGCUUUACGAUGUUUGAGGUGGAAAAUGCCAAACUGAGCCAGAGGAGGCGGCAUAAGAAUUCAAGUCACAGUAGUGAGAGUGAUUUGGGUAGGAGCAAGAGCUCGAGUGGCGUAGUAACGUCAGAUCUCAAUAAUCGUUCAUUGAGUGUAGAGAGCUCAGAUAUUGAGAUUGUAGGUGAGUUCCAAAUCGGCUAUCCCAGUGGUACGGCUGGUGAUAGUGCUGGAAUAACGCUCAAUAACAAUGAGGAGGCUACAAAGGAAGAGAUCACAGUGAAUGAGGUGAAUUGUGAUGCCAAUGGGGCAGAAGUUGAAGUAGGGAGCAAUAAUGUAGAGAUCACAGAGACAAAGGAAGAGACUGAAGAAGUAAGAGAACAUAGUACAAUGGAAGAAGUUGUAGAGAAGAAGGAAGAGCAGGAGGUUAUUGUCAAAGUUGAUGCUAAGGUAGAGACCAGUAAGAAGGUUGAGGAGAGUCCAGUAAAGGAAUCUAAGCGAAUUUUAUCGCAUCAUUUGGCAAAUAUGCAUCAUGGAUUCAAAGAGAAUGGUGAAGAAGAAUCCCAUUUAGAUGAUGUAUUUGCUGGAUUUUCAGUUGAAGAUAUCAGGGAAGGGUACAAGAGCUCAAUGAGAAAUGGUGAAAUUUGCGCAAGUAUUCUCAAUAGUAGGAAAUCCCAGCCAAAGUUAAGGGGGCGAAAACGAAAGAUUAAAACAGAAAUUCCCGAUGAUACCCAUUCAAAUGGGAAAAUACCAAAAUUGUUGGAGGUUAUACCUCCAGCAAUGGCGGCAAAACCUGCCAGAGUUGGUCAUAGGAUGACCACAAGGCAUAUGAGGAGGGAAGAGAUUUGUGGAAGAGAUGAUCUCUUCAAAGAUUACAUUGCCUUCUCCUACAUUCAGCUGAAUUAGACCAAGAGACAAGAAGAGACUAGGUAAAGACUUCCGGAAUUGUUGUCCGUAUCAUCCCCACGUUAAAAGGUACGGAACCUUUAUUUCCCCUUUCUCUUAUUUUCUCAAAUUGUUUUUAUUAUUUUUCUUUAAAAAUCUGAAAUUAAUUAAAAAAAAAAGUUGAAAAACUAUUUUUUUUUUCGGAGCAAAAUUAAUAAACUGUAACUUUUUUUUAAAGUAUAAAUAGUUGUUUUUUUUUUGUAAGGUUAGAAAAUUCUUUUUUUUUAAGAGAAACGCGCGAAGUGAUUGAUAAUGAUGGCACUUUGUACGAAAGACAAAGAACGAAAAGGGCAAUAGAGGAUAAAUUAUUAAAAAAAGUGAAUUAUAUCCUUUCCUAACCCCAUAUUGUACAUAGAAUUCAGCCUGAAAAAAAAGUUAAAUGAGAGAUAUAUUCAGUUUAUAAAUAUAUAUUUAGAAAAUAAAUAAAAAUUGAUAAAAAAAAAUGUAUUAAGGAGAAUGAGAAAAACAAAAAAUAAUUAAUUAUUUAAGGCCACAAAUACUUGUGAGGAAGAAAUGAGAAAUUUAAAAAAAAACUACGGAAUUUUUGCUCUAACACAGAAGUGCACUUAAAUAAAAUUUUAAUAAAAAAAAAGAGAUAAACAAGUUCUCCUUCCCCCCGUGAGAAACAAACUUUAGAUAAAAGAAAAAAAAAUCUCAAAAUAUAGGAAAUCUUUUAAUAAACAAUAUUAAAAUAUUAAUUUAUAAUAUCAUUAAAAAGAAAAAACUGGCAAGAGGAAGCCAGAACGAGAGAACUUGGAAGAAUCAAACAAAUGAAGUUACGUAGAAGUGUCUUUUAGUCGGUUUUUUAUUAUUUGUUUAAGUUAACAAUCGACAUUUCAACUAAAAUUUACUUUUAUUUCAUCAAUUAUUUCCCUAAAAAUAUUAUUUUAUGUUGAAAAAAAAAAUUUGGAUGGAGCAAGAUUUGAUAUUGAGUUUCUAGCUUGCAAAUUCCCAUUAAAAAACACCCUUUUUUAGCCGACUUAAACUAAAAAGAAAGAGAAAUAGUAAUGAAAUAGGGCAAAUGUUAACAGAAUUGAAUUAUAUAUAUGGACCAAAAUGCGAUGCACGUAGAAUGAAAGAAAGAGAAAAAAAAUCUACCACAAGUGUUACUUUAUUUUAUUUUUUUCUCAACUAAUAAAUGCGUAUUUUCCACAAACACAAAAAAAGGUUAUUCAUAGUUCAGAAUGAUAAAAAAAAUACAUGUUACAGAAAUUGCGAAAAAAACGUAACAUUGUUUUUAGGAAUUGCUCCAAUUAAAUAAAAAAAUUAAACAAUUCAUUAGAUUUUAGAUACACCGAAAAUAUUUUUAUAAGAAAUGCAGGAAAUGCAAAAUAAAAAGAUUAUCAUUUUUUCUGGGGUUUUUGUUAGUUUCAUACGUUAUGUUUUAUUUAUAAUAUUGAAGUAAAGAAAAUAAAAAGAAUAUGACUUGACAGCA